AUGCCCGCAGGACUGUUUCGGUUCGAUAAUCUCAGUGACAGAAAGGAUGCAAAGGCGACUUUCGAGUGGUACGCAGAACUGUGCCGUCAGCAACCUGGCACAGUCACCGGCGUGAAGCUGGUCUCCGGUCAUAUUCAGUCCGACGACAAGGAAGCGUUGCAGGCUCAGGAACGUGCCUAUGGAGACAUUGUCUACAACUUUCGUUAUUUGACCGAUGAAGAACGGAGAAGUCUGUUCCCAAAUCCAUCUAGGCAUGCCAUCCAUUUUACGUCGUACGCAGCUGAAGGCAAUCAAUAUGUACCUUUUCUGAAGCAGCAGUUACUGAAAGCUGGAGUUACCUUUGUUGAAAGAACUAUCAGCAACAUCGACGAGCCGAAGAAAGGCUUUGGUGUCAUUGUCAACUGUGCAGGAUUGAAUGCAGGAACAUUGGCUGGCGACGACAACGGUGUAUAUCCAAUACGAGGCGUUGCAUUCGAGGUCGAAGCCCCUUGGCACAAACACUUCAACUACCGUGACUUCUCCACGUUCACUAUUCCAAAGUGA